AUGGCAUCCGUCAAGAACAUCAUCUUUGCUCUCUUCGUAGCUGUUGACCUCGCAGCUGCCCACAGCGUUAUCACAAACGCGGUUGGAGACGCCGGCGGCUCUGGCAUGGCUCUCGGUGUUGACACCUCCACUCCUCGCGAUGGCACCAGACGCCGUCCCUUCCAAACCGAUGCUACUCGCUUCCGUGGCAAUGCCGCUGACACUGUUGGCGAGACCCUCGCUGGUGGUGACAACCAGAUCGAGCAGGGCACCCUCGACAUCAUGGAAGAGACCGGCAGUCAGCUUCCUCAAGUCAACCCUGGUGGCAGCCUUGAGAUGACCGUCCACCAGGUCAAUUCUGAUGGUGCUGGACCUUAUACCUGUAUGAUCAACGCCGAUGGAACAGGCACCUCAUGGGACAACAUCCAGGUUACUACCAAUGUUGAAGGCAACGAUCGAGGCCGCAACCGUGAUGGCGAGAUGGGUGACUUUCCUCUAGUAGCCUCGAUCCCUGCUGGACAGGAAUGCACGGGCUCUGUUGCUGGUGAGGAAAAUAACCCGGCGCGUGCUGGUCCUUUCGGUGGCGUCAUUCCCGUUCAAAUGGCUCAAGCUACCGGCAACAACAACGCUGGCACUGGCAACAGUAACAACAACGCUGGAAACACUGGCGGCACUGGUAGUUCUGGCAAUGCAGACAACACGGGUAGCGCGAACAACGGUAACAGCAACGGAAACGCUGGUGAGGAUGGAGAAGAUGAUACUCAGAACAGCACCAACACCAACAACCGUAACAACCGCCGCGCUACUCAGUUCUCUGCAUAA